AUGUUCUCUCCUUCCGCCUGGUCGCGGCUCGCCCUCGCCUCCUUCCUUCUUACCGCCCCCCUCGCAGACGCACGAGAACAGUCCCUUUUCACUUCUUCCGUCACCUACUGUGCUCCUCCAGAGAGUCUUCUUGUCGAAAGAUUUGACCUCGCCUACUUCCAGGCCAAUGAGUCUGUCGUCUUCAACAUCGUCGUCGCCAGUGUCGACUCCAACACAAGUGUCAAUGCCAACCUCCUCCUCAACGUCUAUGGCAUGCAGCCCCUUGAUCUCACCAUCGACAUCUGCUCGCUUUUCGGUGGCGCCCUCUGUCCCCUUCCGGUCUACACUUUCAAUGGUUCGGACACCAUCUCCCUCCCCGAUAGCCUCGACGUCAGCUCCCAGAUCCCGGGCAUUGCAUAUGUUAUUCCCGACCUGGAAGCCUUUGCCCAGCUCAAUCUUACCGAUGUCAAAACCGGUGAAGUCAAAGCGUGUCUCCAGACAACGCUUUCCAACGGCUGGUCAACACAUCAAUCUGCGGUCGAGUGGGCCACCGCUUCCAUCGCGCUCUUUGCCCUCGUUCUCGCCAUCUACCAUUCCGUCGUCGAUCCCGACACCUCUCUCCUUCCUACCCGUUUCCUCGACGUGAUGUCCUUGUUUCAGUCCAUCGCCCUUUCCGGCCUUCUCUCCCUUAACUACCCCACUCUCUACCGGUCAUUCACUUUCAACUUCGCCUGGACUGUCGGGCUGUUCACCAUGUCCUCUUCAUCUCCCAUCCAGCUGGCCAUCAACCAAAUGCGUCAUUCGACCGGCGGCUCUCUCUCGAACGUCAGCAGCGACGGUGCCAUCUCGUUCGUCAACCGCCAGCUGAGCCCUUACAACGUCGGGCAGAGCAACUUUGUCCUCGGCGGACAAAGCCUUGUCAAAACGGCUCCGUCAUUGCCUCAAAUCGAUCUCGCCCAGAUGUCGCUCAACACCACAGGCCUCCAUUCUCAGGUCCUUAGCAGCGUCGAAGUAGCCACGGUCACGGAGGACUCGACCGACGUGCUUCAAGCGGGUAUUCCGAUCUUCACCAACACAUUGGGCAUCGCAACGGCGAAUGCGUUCAUGACCAUUUUCCUCAUCUUCCUUAUCCUCGUCGCCAUCGUCAUCGCUUCCCUCGGACUUGCCUAUGGCAUUUCCCUCGCUCUAUCACGAUCAAAGCUGGCGGAGAAAAGGCCGGAUAUCAUGGAGUUCCAUGCCAGGUUUCCAUCCUUCGCUAAGGCAUGGUGCUUGCGCAUCGCUAUGGUGUCACUGCUGCCUAUCACGGUCUUCGCAUUCUACCAAUGGACCCUCAAGGAUUCGUGGCUCUCCGUCUUACUCUCCGUCAUCGCACUCCUGGCGUUGGCAGGCUUCGUUCUUUACGCCACCUUCUUCGCCAUUCGCGCAUCUCUGCCAAAUGCUAGAUGGACCAACGAGACGCCCUCUCUCUUUGUCGCUCCCUUUACUUCCCCAUACCGCUCCAACAGGGUCUACUACGUGGGCCCAGUGCUUACGACGGUCUUGGUCAAGGCCCUUGUCACGGCGUUUGGCUCGACUCAUGGGAUGGCUCAGGCGGUCAUUUUCGUCAUCUCCGAGUUCUUCCUCUUCCUUUCCAUUAUCGUCAUGAAGCCGCACCACACCCGCGGCUCGGACGUACUCGCGGGCUAUCUGACCAUUUCCCGUCUGGUCUGCAGCGGGUUGAUGCUCGCGUUCACCGAGACGCUCUCCGUGAAGGCCAUCCCCCGUGUAGCCAUCGGCGCGAUUAUCGCUGUCAUCUACUCGGUGGCCGUCAUCGUUCUGUUCCUCAACCUCCUCGUCCACCUUGGCCUCUGGCGUCUCAUCAUCUUCGUGUGCACCUGUGGACGCCGUGGCCGUACGGCCGCCCACCGGUCCCUCGCCAGCCACACUGGCUCUUCGGUCGAAGAGAAAGACGCCGAAAGCCCGGUCACGGAGAAGAAGAACUCGGUGACGAUCACGACGACCCCCUCGCAGUACAUCGUCGCACGACCGGAAAAUCCGUCACCACCAAGCACGGAGUCCUUCUCGCAUUACGCACCUCAGAGCGCCACAUCAAGCACAACGCUCGGCGAGACCCUCCCCCGACGAUGGUCGUUCCAGCACUCGCGGCCGCCAUCGGUCUCGACCGAUGCGAUGCAUUCUCCCGCAUACACCCACCGCACCUCCACCGCAUCAUCCCCUAUCUCGGCGCAACGACACAGUCGAAACAUCUCAUCGUCCCUUCCCACACCUCUAGAAGAACAUCCCGAGCAUGAAGCCCACGCGCUCUAG